AAGCAGUCAAAAUACCCAUACUGAAGUGCAGGGGAUUUGGGAGUGCAAUUUGUAACGGGCACCUUUUGUCUGUUUGAGUAGCUGUAUCGGUGCUAAGGUAGCUACAUUGCACAUAUCCAGAUGGCGGAUCCCAGAUAGAGAGAGGUAAAAGAGGGGAUAUGGGAGAUAGUAGGGGUGGAAAACAGGAAUGUUGACUCCGAUGAAGGGGGACUAAUGAAGAAAAGUCGAAAGUGAGAGUGAGGACGGACAGUCUGAAUCACCUUGCCACGGCAAAGCGAUUUUGCAGGUUUGUUCUCGAGACUACAUGGUCGGCGGAAAAUGAAAGGGUCAUGGCAGAGGGAUAAUGUUACGGAUUUUCAUCCCCCUACACCCCAAAGUUACCCACGCAGUCCCUUUUUAAACUGGACCUAAACUCUCUCACCUCUGGGGUGGGGCAACGGAGGCGCUUUUAUUAUCCUUCACUUCCCUCAAACUCAGCCCUCUCUCUCAAGACACAUUUUCACAAAGGAUAUCUUGUCCUGCUCUAGAAGAUGUAAGGACCAAUAGUAACUUGUCUAGGCGUGCACUCUGUCUAUAGUGGGGGGGUGUGUGUUGAGGUCUAUCAUGUUUCUUAACUACAAUUAUCUAUUCCUGCUUGUCACCAACCCCUCCUGUCUUUCACAUGCUUCAUCUGAUAGUAUUUUGACCAGUUUAUUUCCUCUGGCUUGACUGUCUCUAUUGUCCUGCUUAGUGGAUUAUCUUUGUGUAUGGGUUUUAGGUAUAUGUCUGACUUCUCACUGUUUCUCCUCCCUUACUGUAGUCUUUUCUUCACUUCAGUCCCUCAUGUGGUGUCAUUGGGCUAUGGUUCGUAAGAAAGGCUCCCUUAUCCUGUGUGGAGCUUUUCUAUUUGUUGCUUGGAAUGCCCUGCUGCUUCUGUUUCUGUGGGGGCGGCCUCCCAUUGGUCGACUAGGAGAUGGAGGUGGAGCUGAACCAGGGGGGAGAGAGGAAUGGGGAGUUAGGAAAGGGGGAAAGGAGGAUUUAGCUGGAGAAGUGUUCAGAUUGGCAGAGGAGGUUGAAUCAGAAUUAGAGACUCAGAAACAACUCCUCAAACAGAUACAGAGUCACAGAUCGCUAUGGGAACAGCAGAAAGCUCUUGGAAAAAGAGAAACAGAAGACAUUAAGGAUGAGAACAAUGAUCUUGAGCAUAAAAAACCUCAGCAGUUGCCUCAGUUACCUCCACAAAAAGAUGUCUUAGAGAAAAGUAACGAGAAAAACGCAGAGGAUGUCGCACACCCUUCAGACACAAAACUUGAGGGUGACAAAGAAUUGCCUAAAAGUCAGCUGGACAGUACUAACCCUAGUCCUCAAGUGGUUAUACCAAUCUUGGUCAUUGCCUGUGACAGAGUGACAGUAAAAAGGAGUCUGGACAAGUUAAUACAGUACCGCCCCUCUGAAGAACUAUAUCCAAUCAUUGUCAGCCAGGAUUGUGGCCAUGCAGAAACAGCCCGGGUAAUUGGCUCCUAUGGCAGUCAGGUGACCCACCUUAGCCAACCAGAUAUCUCGGAUAUUCCAGUGCGGCCAGAACACCGGAAGUUCCAGGGCUACUACAAGAUCGCUAGGCACUACCGUUGGGCUCUUAACCAAGUCUUCAGCACCUUUGCCUACUCCACUGUGGUGAUAGUGGAGGAUGACUUAGAGGUUGCACCAGACUUUUUUGAAUAUUUCCGUGCCCUUUACCCCAUUCUACGGGCUGACCCGACUCUUUGGUGCGUCUCGGCCUGGAACGAUAACGGACGAGAUGGGCUCGUGGACCCGGGCAAGGCAGACCUUCUGUACAGGACUGAUUUCUUCCCUGGAUUGGGCUGGAUGCUGCUAAAGGAGGUGUGGGCGGAACUAGAGCCUAAAUGGCCCAAAGCGUUCUGGGAUGACUGGAUGCGUCAGCCAGAGCAGCGGAAAGACCGCUCGUGCAUCAGGCCUGAGAUCUCUAGGACCAUGACGUUUGGCCGGAAGGGCGUUAGCUUGGGUCAAUUUUUUGACCAGUACCUACGCUACAUUAAACUCAACACUGAAUUUGUGCCUUUCACCAAAAAGGAUUUAUCUUAUUUGUUCAGGGAGAGGUAUGAUGAAAACUUCGUGAAGGAGGUUUACAGUGCCCCUUUGGUAAAGUUGGAAGAACUACAGCAAGGAGGUUUGAAAGGAUCGGGGCCGUUCCGGGUGCAGUACUCAAGCAGGGACAGUUUUAAAGUGCUGGCCCGUAAUCUGGGGGUGAUGGAUGACUUAAAGUCAGGCGUCCCUCGUGCGGGUUACAGGGGUGUGGUCAGCUUUCUGUCUCGUGGUCGAAGAGUCUACUUGGCACCCCCUGAAGGUUGGACAAAGUAUGACAGCACCUGGAGCUGAAAAGGACCUGGGGGGGGGGGGG